CUGCAGGAGUAUAUCUGUCUUUAUCUAUGACCUCAGUCAUCAAUACGUUAAUCACAGCUUUUGGUUAAACAUCAAUCACUCAAGCUCCCUUUACAUAAAUCCCUUAUUUGUAUCCUCCUGAACAUUUUCCCUAUAUCAGCUCGUUUAUCUCGAACUACUCAAAAUGGGAACAGUCAGCGACUUGCGAAUAGCCGUGAUAUGCUCUAGCAACAUGAAUAGAAGCAUGGAAGCGCACGCUUUCCUCUCCAAAAAGGGCUUCAGGGUGAACUCUUUUGGAACAGGCGACAAAGUUAAGAUACCAGGCUCCGCUGCGGACCGGCCUAACAUCUAUGAAUUCGGCACUUCUUACGACGAUAUCUACAAGGAUUUGCUCGAAAAGGACAAAACACUCUAUACUCAAAACGGGUUGCUGCACACGCUGGACCGAAACAGACGAAUUAAGAGCCAUCCUGAGAAGUUCCAGGAUAGCACCGAAAAGUUUGAUAUCCUGGUCACUUGUGAGGAAAGGGUUUAUGACCAGGUGUUGGAGUUCAUGGAAAACAAGGCUCCUUCCGACAACUCCAUAGUUCAUGUGAUCAAUAUAGACAUUCGAGACAAUUUAGAAGAAGCAACGAUAGGCGCCUUUUUAAUCAGUGACCUGUGCAUGCACAUAGUCACAGCUGAAGAUCUAGACAAUGACAUUGAAGAAGUGCUGCACUCGUUUGAAGAAAAAUGCCAACGACCGAUACUGCACAGCAUAGUUUUCAACUAGGAAUUCCAAGGGCCUUGUAACAGUUGCCACCGUUUCCUACUACUACAUUUGCUUUGCAUUUUUGCAAGAUCGGCGAGAGCGAUAUCUCAAUUGUUAAAUGUGGUUUCAAGCAGGUAUAUUGGAAUGAAAGUCUAUUUUUUGCAAAUUAACUUAAUCGUACGUCUGUAUAUAAGGUAUCUGUAUAUAACGACACUUUCGAUAUUAAUGCUGCUAAUCAGCUCAAUUGGAAGUAUUCUAAUCCAAUCCUAUCCAGCAAGUUUUACUCAAUAAAGCAAACUGUUAAUUGAUAUUUCAAUGCAGCGGGAUUAAACCGCAA